AUGUGGCAGGUGACCUCACCUGCACUCGGCUUCCUCCUGGGUGAAAUACCAGAAGCCCACCCCCUGGAGUGCUCCGAAGGCGCCCGAAGCACACCCCACCUCACCAAGUUCCUCUGCGGCUCCGGGCACUGUGCAAGCUGUGACAGACGACCGCCCAGAGAACUGGCUGCCGCAUGUCCUGGGGAGGAGGAUGGGAUAAACAGGACUGGAGGGUGGGCAGAGGCCAGUCUCGACUCCAUCAAGGCGAGAGCACUCGUGGAAAAUGUGGAUGACCGUCCUGACAGGGUCGGCCUGUCCGGAUCAAAUGAGGUCGCCCGCAGGAAAGUGCUUCGCCCCGGGCUCCUGGAGGGCUGA